AUGAGUAAUCUAAUGGAAGAAGAACAAUCUCCACAAAUCGUAAUUAUUGGGGGUGGACCAGUUGGUUUAUUUACAGCUGUUCAAAUAAAAAUUCUUUUACCACAAGUAAAUCUGGUUAUCUAUGAGAAGCAUCAACAAUAUCAACGUAAUCAUGUUCUUCGUUUAAAUAAAAUGAGAACAUUUUUUGGUUUACCUCCAUCGCUAUUAUUGAAAAAUAUGAUUGACAAUUUACCAUCUGUUGUACGAACAAGCAUGUUGGAAUCACAAUUAUUAGAAUUAUCUAAACAAUUGCAAAUUCCUAUUGUACAUAAGAAUAUAGAGAAUUUAAAUCAAUUUUCUGAUUCUCGAGUGAUCAUUGGUGCCGAUGGUUCUCAUUCCAUUAUUCGUCAACUUGUAUUUAACAAUAAAAUGGAAUAUGAAAAAGUGUUAAAAUAUGUUGUAGAAAUAAAAUAUGAAGUUAAUGGUCAAGGUCAAAAAUUAGAUUUUAUAAAAUAUCAAUAUCGAACACAGAAACAAUUAAAAUAUCUUGUUAAUGAACAUAUUGGAACUCAAAAAGAGAAUCGAACACCAAUAACAUUACAUUUAUUAAUUGAUAAACAAAUCUAUGAACAAAUGAAAUCAGCGACAUUUAAACAACCUUAUUAUUUACAUAGUCAUCAACACCUCAUACCUAAAGAUUUAUUAGAAACAAUAACAAUUUGGUUUAAUGUUAAAAAAGAAUAUGCUAAUGAACAAAGAAUAGAAAAUUCAGAAAAAAUCACCUGUAUUGUUCUAGCAGUGUAUCAAUCAUCCGAAUUUGUAUAUUAUAACGAAGAGAAAAAACAAUAUACAUGUUUAGUAGGUGAUGCAGCAUUUGGUGUACCAUUUUUUCGAUCAUUAAAUAACGGAAUUAUGUGUAGUAAAAAAUUAUCAUUAUGUAUUCAAUCAUGUUUUAGUGAAUAUUCUUCUCAAACAUAUCGUAGUGGUGAUUUAUUAACCAAUUUAAAAUUUGCAUUAAAAAAAACAAAGAAUGAAUUGCAUUAUCUUAUUAAUUGGAAUAAACCAUUAAAUGCAUAUAAUCAAUAUGUUCAUGUAUUAGCGAAUCUAGAAGUAAUAUUUGCAGAAAAAAAAGCUACACUUUUAUUUGCAAGGGAGGUGGUGAAUAAAAUUACUGGAACUGCUCCAUGUCAAGUCAAUAAAUGGUCACCAUCAAAAGUAGAGAAAUUUAAACAAACGAAGAAUGAUAACAAUGAAUCUGAAAUAAUAAUGAAUGAUGAUGUGGACACAAUGGAAAUGGAUGACGAAAAUUAUGAACUUGUGCAAGAAUUUGAUUUGGUAACAUAG